UUCACAGUGUGUGCUGAGAGGACAUAUCGCCUGGGUGCCACAUUCCUCCUCUCCUUCAUCAGGAUGGACCCCUUUGGCACAGAGCUGUCUCAUGUCCCGGACCCUAGCAUUGUACAACCUUCCUGCAACGGGCAGACACUGCCAACCCACCCAGACCAGGCUGCACACAGGGGCCAGGGGCCACACACCAGCCACAUGGACCAGGAGCAGCAGAUGAGGAUCAGUGAAAGUGCCCAAUUCAGUGAUGUGGUGGAGAACAGAGGUCUGUUGGAGAGCAGCACACGACUUAAGCCGCACGAAGCGCAGGACUACAGGAAAAAGGCAUUGUGGGUAUCCUGGAUUUCCAUUGGCGUCACGUUGGUUCUGGCAGUCGCCGCUUUCACUGUUUCUGUUAUGCGGUACAGUGCUUCGUCAUUUGGCUUUGCGUUUGACGCGGUUCUAGACGUUUUAUCGUCGGCGAUAGUCCUGUGGCGUUACAGCAACGCAGCCGCCGUGCAUUCCGCGCACAAAGAGUACAUAGCCUGUGUUAUCUUGGGUGUGAUAUUCCUCUUCUCGGCGCUGUGCAUCGUGGGGAAGGCGAUUCACGACCUGGCCAUCCGGGUGCUUCCAGAAGUAGACAGUUUCCUCUUCAGCGUUUCUAUACUGAGCGGGAUCCUCUGCUCCCUGUUGGCCGGGGUGAAGUUUAUGUUGGGCAGAAUCCUAACGAGCAGAGCCCUUAUCACAGAUGGAUUUAACUCCCUGGUCGGGGGUAUAAUGGGCUUUUCCAUCCUGAUCAGCGCAGAAGUGUUCAAGCACCACGCCACGGUCUGGUACCUCGACGGUUCUAUAGGAAUUCUAAUUGGACUGAUAAUCAUGGCGUAUGGCGUCAAAUUGCUGGUUGACAUGGUCCCUCGAGUGAGACAAACCCGCCAUUAUGAGAUGUUCGACUGAGGGCAACAAAGUGACCAGAAUGCCCAGGAAUCCGUUCCACCUCCUUUAAAACAAGUAGCAGCAACAGGCGAAUUCACAAAAUACUUUGUUUUCCUCCAAAGAUAUUUGGAGUUUUACAUUUUAAACUGUAAAAUAAUGAAAAUGUGACUUGCUUAUGAA